AUGUCAGAUGAAUUACUACAACAACUUCAACCAUUAUUAUUGGUUGAAGAACUUGCCAAACAUAGAAUUCAAUCAGAAAUAAAACAAAAACAAUUAUUAUCGGAGCAAUCAUCUGCAAUUACAAUUGAUGGUUUCAUGAAAGAAGAACAUGACUAUUAUAGUAAAAAAUCAAAAGAGUUAAAAUUAUUAUGUUCAAAUUUUAUUGCAAAACAAAAUAGAUUAAUUUUACAAGGUAUAAGUUUAAAAAAUCAAAUGAAAGAAUAUGAAGAGAAACAACAACAGCAACAACAACAACAACAACAAUUAGACAAAAAUGAAAAUAAUAAUAAUAAUAAUAGUAAAUUAAUUGAUUCAGAUUUUCCAACUGAAUUUAUAUUUGAACAACAGUCACAACAUAUUACACAAGUUUGUGCAUUACUUAUUCAAGAGAUAACUCAAACCAUUACAAUUAUAAAAACAUUAUGGGAUUCAAUAAUUCAAUUAGUCACUGGAUUCGAAUUUGUUAUUACACAUUCAUUACAAUUGAAAUUAUUAGAUUUACAUAACCUUUCAAAACAUUUAUCAAUUUUAUUGAAAGAAUUGGACCGAUUUUCAAUUGGAUUCUCAACAACAUCUCCAAAAGAUUUCAAUUCAUCUUUAGAUCUUAUCGAUGGUAAUUCUAGUGCAGUAUUGGUAUUUGCUAGACAACCAUUCCCUGGUAUGCUUAAAAGACAUAAACAAAUGCAACCUGAUGAAUUAAUAAUUGAAAUGCUCACAACUUCAAACUUUCCAUACACUUAUUCAAAAUUAAAAGUACAUUCUUCUGCUCAAACUAUCAAUAGUAUUGGUCAAAAUAGUACAAUUAUACCAAUUACAAAUAAUAUUAUAAAUACUUCUUUAUCACCGAACCAUUCAAAUGAAAAUGAUAAUAAUAAUAUAAAUAAUAAUAAUAAUAUAAAUAGUAAUAUAAAUAAUAAUGUAAAUAAUAUAAAUAAUAAUAUAAAUAAUAAUAUAAACAAUAAUAAUAAUAAUAAUAAUAUAGGUAAUUUAAAUAGUAUCGAUAAUAGUAAUAAUAUAAAUAAUAAUAUAAACAAUAAUAAUAAUAAUAAUAAUAAUAAUAAUAAUAAUAAUAAUAAUAGUAAUAAUAAUAAUAAUAAUAAUAAUAAUAAUAAUAAUAAUAAUAAUAGUAAUAGUAAUAGUAAUAAUAAUAACAAUAAUAAUAAUAUACAGAAUGGAAAUAAUGAAAAUGAUAAUAAUAAUAAUGGAAAUACAUCACCAUUAAGUUUAAGUAAUAAUGAAAAAUCAGAUUUAUUUGAACAUCAUACAUUUGAUUUAUUCCCAAUUGAGAAUAAUAAAUAUAGCGGUAAGACAGCAUUAAAAUGUGUAAAAGCAACAACACAAUUUUCUUCAUUGAAAUUUUCAAUUUGCUUAAUUCAUAAAAUCACCAAAGAACAAUUUACAAUUGAAACAAAUUACUCUGAGAGAUUCAUAGUAUUUGCAAAUGAUUCCCAAUGGGUUGAUCAUUUUUGUCAAUUAUUAAAAGAUGAAAUAUUUUUAUAUAAAGACACUGUACCAUUAUUAAUAUCAAACAAUCAAGAAAAUAACAGCAACACUCAUAGUUUACAUUCAUUAUCAUUAGAGGAUGCUGAUAAGCUUCAACAACAGCAACAACAACAACAACAAGAGCAAGAACAACAAAAACAAAAACAAGAAAAACAAGAAAAACAACCAUAUUUAUUUAAUCAAGUUACUCAUCAUCGUGUUAUUAAAACACUUCAAAAAUUCUUUCCAAUUUGUUUAAAUAUUAGAAAAAAUUUAGUUCAACAAUAUCAAUUAUUACCAAAUGAACCUUUACAAAAUUUAUUAAAUCAAAUUGCUGAAAAUAAAAUUACAAAUGAAGAAUUUGAUUCAUUUAUUUCAAUUUUAUCACCAGUUUUUAAAGUUAUUAAAUAUCAAAAGAAUGCAAUGGAUCUUUGGAAUUUAGGAAUGAUAUUUUUAUUUAUUACAAAUGAAAAAGUAAAAGAGUUAUUAUUAACACCAUCACCUACAAAUGGUGGAGUAAAUAAUAAUAAUAAUAAUAAUAUAGCAGUAAGAUUUUUAGUUCAAUUUAGUCAAAAUCAUCCAUUCUGUUGGGUAAUUAAACAUUUGGAUGAGGAAAAUGAAGUUAAAGAAAUUUAUGUCGAUAUGAAAACUGCUUUAGUUGGUGACAGAAAUAAUAAAUCAAUACUCAGUCAUAUUGAAAAUAAUUUGGAUAAAAAUUUAAAAGAAAUUUGUCAAUUUGACCAAAAAUUAAAUUUAAUCCGUUUUUUACCAAAAACUGAAAUUAGAAGUUCAAUUUCUUUCUCUGGUUAA